UUUGUACCCACAUCAUCAUCAUCAUAAUCAUAAUCAUAGAUUGUCUCCAAAAUCUUACUACUUUAAUCCUCAAUUUCUUUCUUUGGUUAUAUACAUAUGUAUGUAUAGUGAAAUGAAAUAGAAUGGUGGAUACAGAGUAGCUGUUUGAUAGACCCGUGGUGUAAAUAUGGAUCAGAAACAGCAGCAGCAAAGGAAUAUGAAUAUGAAUGUGAAGAAAAAAAUGAAAUUAGGUUCAAAAAGGAGCCGUUUAGCGUUUGGGAUUUUGCUUGGAUUGUUUAUUGUGAUGAAUUUUUGGAUGCUUUCUCGGAUCCAAGAUUCAAAAUCAUCGAAAUCGGUCUCACUUCCGCAAGAAUUGAGAAAGAUGAGUAAAGGGAAAAAGCCACAUAAAACAGCGUAUGCAAGGCUUUUGUACAAAGCUGCUCAUGCCUUGGCAGCACAGAAUGAAAACAAGGAGCCCAAAGAUCUGUGGUUGGAGCCCUACCAUGCCGUUGCUUCAUCAUGGCAACCCUGCGCCCAUCAACGUGUUUGGAGACCUAGUGAAGGAAACAAUGGUUAUAUCUUGGUCACUGCUAAUGGUGGUAUAAACCAGCAGCGUGUAGCUGUCUGCAAUAUUGUUGCAGUUGCAAGAUUACUCAACGCAACUCUUGUUAUCCCCACAUUUAUGUUCAGUAGUGUGUGGAGAGAUACGAGUCAAUUUGGAGAUAUCUAUCAAGAGGACUAUUUUAUUGAUUACUUGAAGCCAGAUAUCCGUAUAAUCAAGGAAUUGCCAAAAGAGUUACGAUCUUUGGAUCUUGAAGCCAUUGGUAGUGUGGUAACGGAUGUUGAUGUUGCAAAAGAGGCAAAGCCCAGUUUUUAUCUGAAACAUAUUCUUCCACUUUUAAUGAAGAAUGGAGUUAUCCACUUUGUGGGGUUCGGUAAUCGAUUGGCAUCUGAUCCAAUACCAUAUCACUUGCAGAGACUCCGAUGCAGAUGUAAUUUUCAUGCAUUGCAAUUUACUCCAAAAAUACAAGCAACUGCUGCUUUACUCAUUCAGAGAAUGCGUCAGAAUGCAACACAUUCAGGAUUAUUGGAUGAAAACCUGGUUGGACCCUUUGCCAAGUCAAAGGGUAAGGUCAAAAAAGAUUUUCGGUACUUGGCGUUACAUCUGAGGUUUGAAAUUGACAUGGUAGCCCAUUCUUUAUGUGAUUUUGGUGGUGGUGAAGAAGAAAAGAAGGAGCUGCAAGCAUAUCGUGAAAUUCAUUUUCCUGGAUUGGUGCAGCUAAAUAACAUCACUAAGAUACCCUUACCAGAAAGACUCAAGGCAGAAGGUCUAUGUCCACUAAUGCCCGAAGAAACUGUUCUCAUGCUUGCUGGCCUUGGUUUCAAGCGUAAUACACGAAUAUUUUUGGCGGGUUCGCAUAUUUAUGGAGGAAAAUCAAGGCUGAAUGCUUUAACGACACUAUUUCCUAAUAUGGUUACUAAAGAGAACCUGUUGUCGUCGUCUGAAAUCGAACCUUUCUUGAACUUCUCAUCUCAGCUAGCGGCACUAGACUUUAUAACCUCUACAGCAUCUGAUAUCUUUGCCAUGACCGAUUCCGGAAGUCAACUUUCAUCUUUAGUAUCAGGUUACAGAGUAUACUAUGGCGGAGGGAAAAUGCCGACAAUUCGACCAAAUAAACGCAGACUAGCAGACAUAUUCUUGAGGAACGAUACCAUCGAGUGGAUAGUUUUUGAAACUAGAAUCAGAAAAGCAGUGAGACAAAACAAGCGGGUCUUUUCUCGACCUGUUGGAAGGAGUGUAUAUAGAUACCCUCGUUGCAGUGAAUGUAUGUGCAAUACACAAGAAGCUAAUUUACCUAUUCGUCCUAGAUAACUUUUCAACAUUUGCCCAAUCUGGUAAUUGUUGUUUCACUUAUUCUCAGUUUAUCUCAUUCAUUGAUUCCAUUAAUCUUCACCUUUGUAUUUUAUAUGAUCAGAAUGUAAAAGUAACAGUUUUUGCCAUAGUUUUAGAAAAAUACAUCACGUUUAUUCUUUA